AUGACGAUGAGAUUCUCACUGCUCACUCUCGGCCUGGCUGCCGUUUCCCAGCUCUCGCAAGCUGUACCUCUUGUGAAACGAGCUGAUGCCACCGAAGCAGCAAACGUUGGAUUCGCAACAACUAACGGCGGCACGACUGGCGGUGCGGGUGGUUCAACGGUCACAGUAUCAAACAUUGCUGACCUUCAGACUGCCCUUAGUGGGGAUGCGCCUGCGAUCGUCAUUAUCGAUGGUGCGAUAUCUGGCACAGAGAAGGUCCGCGUGGGUUCGAACAAGUCCAUCCUUGGGAAGGACAGCAAUGCUAAGAUUUCGGGCUUUGGCUUCUACAUCAAGGGCGUCAGGAACGUCAUUGUGCGCAAUCUUUCCAUCGCCAAGGUUGAAGCUGCCAAUGGCGACGCUAUCGGUAUCGAAGCCUCCACCAACGUCUGGGUCGACCACUGCGACCUGUCUUCCGACAUGGCCCAUGACAAGGACUUUUAUGACGGCUUGCUUGAUAUCACCCACGGCAGCGAUUUCGUGACUGUCUCGAAUACUCACCUGCAUGAUCAUUUCAAGGCCUCCCUUGUUGGACACUCUGACUCGAACGAGGUCGAGGACCGAGGAACCCUGCAUGUCACAUACGCCAACAACUACUGGUCUAACAUCAACUCUCGAGGACCUUCAUUCCGCUUUGGAACCGGCCACAUCUUCAACAGCGUAUACGAGAAUGUCAGCGAUGGCAUCAACACCCGUCUGGGAGCCGAGUUGUUGGUUGAGAGCAAUGUUUUCAGUGGCGGCAAGAAAGCCUUGUACGCAACGAACGAAGGGUUUGCAGUUGAGAAGGACAAUGACUUUGGAGGCGCCGAGAGUUCUGCCCCGGAAGGCUCUCUGACCACUGUGCCCUACCAGUACACUCUGCUUGGCUCUGGAGGCGUCAAGAGUGCUGUCGUGGGUACGGCUGGGGCUACGCUGGUGUUCUAA